CCUCGAAUUGCGUUCUGGGCGGCCUCCAAAUUAAGAGUUUCGUGGUCAAGCUGACGUUGCUGUCCUUCGGGAGAUCUUUUUGCCCUUUCCCGCGAGGGAUUAGGGCUCCCGGCUGCUUCUUCUCUUCGUCCUCACACGUUAAUUUACAAGCUUCGGAUCACUUUCCUUGUAGUGCUUUGGAUGAUACUCCUUUGAUUACCUCUAACUGUACUGAACGUGAAACCAGAGUUCUCCCCAUGGUAAUGGACUUCUCUGACAGGCACCAGCAGUCGCAGAUUGUAGAAGAAGCUUGUUUCGAUGUAGUAUUGCAACUUCAAGGCGGAAGCUGGAAUCCACGAUAUUCUGCAGAUUUAUAUCCCAUUACAUCCAGGAGCCAUGAUAUAUCAGCUCAAGGAGCCUGGAGUUGCUCUGAUGUUCCAAGCGGCCACCACCAUCUCGGCCUUGAUUCGGUAGACGUCUCUGAGAACGAAAAAAUAGAAAUCUGGAGUGACGCAACACCGGUCUCUUUACAAAAUUCUUCGCCACCCUAUUUUAUCGGAGACAUAUUAUUGCAACCACUAGAGGCUGCGUCGUCAAAUCUCGGGACCUCUGAUCGAAUAGAUCAGUUUGUAAACGAUCCAGAGUCCCCUUGGAUUCCGUCAGACGCUAUCCUGUUUGACGCCAUUUUCGCUGAUACACAUGAUUCAGCGUUCCAGGAAGGACUGGACUCUGAAAGCUACCAUUUUUCUGACUCUGGAUAUCAAACUCAACCUCAAUCAUCCGUCACUAGCCAAUCGUAUCACGGUCAUACAGGGGACUUAUCAAACCUUCGUGCGCAGAUUCAAAAUUUUGACAUGGCGUCCAUGCACGAUUCCCAACUUGAUGAUGGCUCUGAUGAUGGGCCUGGCCCCCCCGAUCGAACUGUGACAUCCAUGUCGAAGACAUCAAAACCAAGCAAAGGCGGCAAAAUAUCGUGCAAAGUAUGCCAGAAAACCCUCAAGUGUCCCUCAGAACUCAAGAAGCACAUGCUCAUUCAUGAAAAGCCGCAUAAGUGUGAUGUUUCAGGGUGUUCCAGAACCGAAGGAUUUGGUACUGUCAAUGAUCUGAACAGACACAAAGCCAGUGUACACAAAAUUCUUAGUAAAGCCAGAAAGUUUCAAUGUGCUGUACCUGGUUGCAAAACACCUGGAAAGAUAUGGCCAAGGCUUGAUAAUUUCAAACAACACCUGGAGCGCAUGCAUAAAGAUUUCAAUGUGACUGAUAUGAUUGCACAGUCGGAAGCUAAAGCUGCGUCAUCCUCAAAUAUUAUGAGUAUAAGGGCCAUGGACAAUGAUUUGGACGGUGUUGGCACUGGUGCCGGCUCUAAUACUCAGGCCGAGACAGCCAUUGAUUCUGAUGAUUCUAGCUUACAUCAGCAUCAGACAGCACUCUUUUUAAAGGAUCCAAAGCCUCACUGCUUGAAGCAGAUUACGAAACGCUUCGGGUCCGCUUUGGAUCAAAGUGCAUAUUCGCAGUGUAAACGGUCCGAUGCUGCGGAAGUUCGCCAGAGCCUGAAGUCAUACCAACCGAACGAUCAUUCUCGUACCCUGGCGUGCAUUGAAUCGGCUGCUAGCCACUCCCUCUCUGCUACUGCCACAUUAGAGGAUGACGCUAAUCUGCGUAUUCUGAAACAAGUCCAUUCAUCAGGAGAUGGAAACAGCCAACAUUCUAACAGAAGUAGCAAUAACUCCAGCGAUGAGGAAAGCCUCACACAUCACGCCACCGGUAUCCUCUGCUCUUAUGAUGGAUGCAAAAAGAUAUUUAAAAGGAAAUCUGAGCUGAAAAAGCAUUUGAAGCGUCAUACCUUACCCUACGUAUGUACCGCUAUAGGUUGUCAUCAUCGAUCUGGUAGUAAAUCUGACUGGCAACGUCAUGAGCGUACUUGUGGAAAGAGAGGACGAGAAAUUUGUCACGAUCAAAGUGAUACCAUUCGUGUUUGUCUCGAACUAGACCCUUCAAGUACUACUGGUAAAUGCGGAUUUGUGCACACAUCACAAGCUACGUUUGAAAAUCAUCUCAAGUUCGUUCAUGAUAUCAAAGACAAGUCAACACUACAGGAUUUGAUGCUUCGCUACCAUCCACCGGAUCAUGGGCCUGGUUUUGGAUGGUGUGGGUUUUGCGUUAAAACCGUUCAGUGGACGGAUGUCAACGCCAUUGGAGAUAAGAAAGUUAUUCAAGAAGGGCACGGCAGGUACAUGGAUCGCGCUAACCAUAUCGACUACCAUGUCACCAAGGAAGGCAGGAGCAUGGAGGAGUAUGUCAGCCUGGAGUACCACUUGAAGAAGGAAGAUGCUACGAAAGACAGAUUGCAACGGUGGUUUCGGGAAGAGCAACGAGCUCCAGGCCACGAUCCAAGGAUAUCCGACUUCCGCCCCAAGAAUCCAAAGAAGCGUAAACGAGGAGUUGACGGAUGUGGGAGCAGUGAUGAUGAGCACGAAAAAAAAUCAAUGAGGCGAACUGGUCAUGCUGUCAAUGCGGUACCACGCAACUAUACAAACUGUACGCGAGAUGCUCUGACAUAAACUGUGACCAUUCAAGAUGUCGGUCAUGUGAAGAUGGAAAGUACCAUGGAUCAUCAAAGCAUUCCAUGAAGGCGGAGCCUGAAUUGUCCUGUAGAAUUGAUCUUAGGACUCCUUGGGAUUCCCAGUCGAAAUUUGGACUCAUGGAAAGCUGACGAAUGAUUAUGCAAGCCAAAAUACUUGUGGACGGCCUAUUUAAACUAGCUUCUCUUCCCGUUUUCUCCUCAUACACAGUUGCAAUACUCUGAAAAUGUGUAUACCCACUUGAUGUAUCUUUCUAUCAAAUUGCGAGCUUGAGGAUCUGGUUACACCACCAAAUAAUCAAGUAUAUCUUGGCAUAAUCAUUUCUGGACAAAUGAUAUUGACAUUCCCACGUUACCAGUUUGACUUUUGCUGGUGCUAUUGCAAACCAUUCUUUACCCAAUGUAACUCUGUAGACGCCAUGUCCAUAAAAGACUUCUUCAAGCG